CAAUGGGCGCGGCCGAGCAGAAAGAGAAACAGAGCGAGCCGCAGGCCUUGGGAUUCGAAUCGGACGUCCGCACGGAGCCGGCGCCGGCCGAGUGCGCGAACCAAUCAGCGGCUGCGGCUCGUGGCCCCGAACGUUGGGACCCUCCCCGCCCCGCGCCGUUGUUUGUGGUGUCGACAACCGCGGGAGCCGGGUCACAACACUCGCCUGGCGGCGGGCAGCGGCGAGGUCCCAGGCCGCGGCGGCGGCGAGCACGAGCCCAGGACGCCGCCCUCCUGCGGCCGCCGAGCCAUGUCGGUGAACAUGGACGAGCUGCGGCACCAGGUCAUGAUCAACCAGUUCGUGCUGGCCGCGGGCUGCGCGGCCGACCAGGCAAAGCAGCUGCUACAGGCGGCCCACUGGCAGUUCGAGACCGCCCUGAGCACGUUUUUCCAAGAAACCAACAUUCCCAACAGCCACCACCACCACCAGAUGCAGAUGUGCACCCCCAGCAACACACCUGCCACACCGCCCAACUUCCCCGACGCCCUGGCCAUGUUCUCCAAGCUUCGUGCCUCCGAGGGCCUGCAGAGCAGCAAUAGCUCCAUGACAGCAGCGGCUUGCUCCCCUCCUGCAAACUUCAGCCCCUUCUGGGCCUCAUCCCCACCCAGUCACCAGGCCGCCUGGAUCCCACCCUCCUCCCCCACAGCCCACAGCUUCCACCACCUCCACCACCCACAGCCCACGUGGCCCCCCGGAGCACAGCAGGGGGGUGCCCAGCAGAAAGCCAUGGCUGCCGUGGAUGGCCAGAGAUGACACUGGAUGCCGCCGGGCACUGGGCUGGAGUGGGGGCAGUCCAGGGCCGAGGGGACACAGCAGGGGCAGGGUGGGGGGAAGCCAGGGUGGGUGGGGGUUUCCUGAAGAUCGCACUGGAAGAUUUUAUAGAAGAAUUUUUGUGGGUGGGUGGGGACAGUAAACUUCCUGAGCCACUUGGGUCCUUCAGGAGUUUCUCUUCAGGCAAGUUUUUUUCUCUUUUUAAUAUAUAACUAUAAUAUAUAUGAAUAUAUAAA